UCCACGUUUUCGAGACUCUGCUUUUGCCCAAGUUCUCUGGUUUUUCUUUUUAAUUAAUCUAUAAUCAAUAAAAAUGGCCUCGUCUCGGAGAGACGUGGUAUGUUUCAUGUUCUACGUAGUCUUGCUAAAGCUGCAAGACACCCUAACACUCAAAUCAGAGCUGGAUAAGUGCUGCACAAUGGGAGAAAGGUGGUCCACUGAUCAUCGCAACGGAUGUGACAGCUUCCCUGUUCCAGUCCCAGACAUUCCCUUCGAAAUUCAGACUUUAUGCGUGACUGCGAUGGAGAUCUGCUGCAAAGACAGCCUUCGGAAACAUCAAUGUGAACUUGGCGUGACGGCUGGACAAGCUGGGAGACCUUGUUUAAAGCUCAGUGGAGAGGGUGGAGAUCAUUUCAAAGAUUGUUGCAUUGGUUGCAAACUGGGACUGCAAAUCAGUUCCCAAACUAAAGACUGCCUUUCGUUGACCGAUGUGUUCGCUGACCCUUGGAGGGACUCUUUCAAAAUAUGUUGCGAAGAAAUCCAUAAUGGUACUUUUACCGAGCCCGAUGACUCCCAGACUUUGGUGGGCGUCGACGAGGCAACGAGAUUGUCCAUUUACAAGCCCAACAAAUGUCCCAAAGGAUUUCGACACAACUCCCGCUUGAACGUGUGCGACGACAUCGACGAGUGUCAAGAGGAUUCCCACAACUGUGAUCUAAGCAUGGAAGAGUGUCGGAAUACAAUAGGGGGGUUCAUGUGCGAAACUUUCGAGGCGGACUCGGAAUUGGAGGAUUGUCCCAAAGGCUACAGAUUUUUUUUGCUUUCGUGUAUUGACGUCAACGAGUGUUCCGAGGGCAUACAUAAUUGCACAAGCCAAAGCGACUGCAUCAAUACCGACGGAGGAUUUCAAUGUGAGAGACAGUUUCGAGGCAUCCAAUCUUGUCCUUCUGGUUAUCUGGUGAAUCAAACCACGGGAUUUUGCGAGGAUAUCAAUGAAUGCAAACUGGGGAUUCACGAUUGCCUCCCUUCACAAAGAUGUAAUAACACCCUGGGAUCCCACAAUUGUAUCAGAUUCACCACCUGUGGAACGGGAUACACUUUGAACUACGAGACGGGAAGGUGUGAGGACGAUGACGAGUGUGCGGUGGGAACACAUAAUUGCGCCAACUUGGGACCAGGCUAUCUAUGCAUGAAUACCCAAGGAUCGUUUCGUUGUGAAAAGCGGCGGUGCAACGUAGGAGAAAUUUUGAACGAGGACGGCCUUUGCAACAUCCUAAGAUGCCAGACUGGAUUCGAACCCGGACCCUCUGGUAAAUGCAUUGACAUUGACGAAUGUGAUUACAACAACGCUUGUCCAAGAGGCGAAAGAUGCCACAAUACUAUGGGCUCCUACAACUGUGUGAGUCAUUGCGAAAUGGGAAUGACUUUGGAUCGGAAUCUUAAUCGGUGCGUGGAUAUCGACGAGUGUGACACCGGAUUAGCCCUCUGUUUUGGGGGACGAACGUGCCUCAAUACAAUCGGAAGCUACAAAUGCGAGUGUCCAAUAGGUUUUGAACUUCGUUCUUCCACGGGUCGGUGCGAGGACAUAGACGAAUGUUCUUUAUACAACGGCAAUAUUUGCGGAGUGGAUUCCGAAUGUCAAAACUCCAUUGGCUCAUAUCGUUGCUCGUGCAAAUUGGGUUUUAAACAUCGAAACGCGGUUUGUGUCGACAUCAACGAAUGUCGAGAAAUCCCAAAUAUAUGCCAGCAACGAUGCACCAACAUCUGGGGGUCAUAUAGAUGCGAUUGUCAGCCGGGCUUUCGACUUUCUUUGGAUGGUAGAACCUGCGUUGAUGUCGAUGAAUGCGCCGACUAUGACGACAUUUGCAUUGGGAAUUGUCUCAAUGAAGCUGGAUCGUACAAAUGCUCCUGUCCCCAAGGUUAUUCGCUCUCAAGCAACGGUCGAUCCUGCCAAGAUAUUGAUGAAUGUGCCACAGGAAACCCUUGUCUUGGAAGAAACCAGAAUUGCUUCAACAUUAGGGGCGGCUACAAAUGCAACGAUAUCUCGUGCCCACCCGACUAUCAAAGGGAAGAAGGCCAUUCCCGUCGAUGUAGAAGAAUAUCAUCCCGCUGCCCGACGGAUGAUUUGGCCUGUCGUAGAAAGCCAGUGUCAGUGUCCUAUAACUUCAUUGCACUAAUUUCAAAUCUGCGGGUGCAAGGCCAGGGGGUUAACCUUUUCACCAUGCAGAGCGCUCGAUACCCCAUGCUCACAACGAAAUUCACUUUGAAAGUCAAUGACGUUCGCGCUCCAAGCAACGUUAAACCUGUCACGUCGGAUUACUUCAGAUUAAGAACGGGUGAUCAUAGCGCGAUUCUCUCUAUUGUGAAGCCCAUUCAAGGGCCCCAAGACAUCUCACUCGAGCUAUUAAUGGAAAUGUAUCACGUGGGCAAAUAUCAGGCGUCUGCCGCGGCUAAUAUCUUUAUCUAUGUUACACCCUACGAGUUCUGAUGACAUCCUGAUACCGAACGAAUAAAAAGGCACCAUUUUGGUGUACCUCGA